AUGAUUAAUUGUGCUUUAACAAAAGGAGUUUUACUUUAUGGACCACCCGGAUGCGGUAAAACAAUGAUUGCCAAAGCUACUGCCCGUGAGGCGGGUAUGAAUUUUUUAUACUUGGAUGUGUCAUUGCUCACUGAUAAAUUGUAUGGUGAGAGUGCAAAAUUAGCCGGCGCUGUAUUCAGUUUAGCGCAAAAGCUUCAACCCACUAUAAUUUUUAUUGACGAAAUUGGUAAGAACAAUUAAAAAUAUGUAUUUAUGAAUAAAUUGUGUAAACAUGUAAGUGUACCCACAAAAUAUAUUUGUAUUAUGAAAUACUUUUUUCACGUAUUAAUGGCUUCAUCUUCGGUUCCUUUAUUUUUUACUAAUAUAAAAUAAUUACAAUGAUAAACUAUCGAUAAAUGAUGACUUUAAGAAAAACGACUUUGUUGUGGCAGAUUUAAAAAGAAGAAAACGUCUUUAUUAUUAUAGUUUAUACGAUUUUUUUAAAUACAGUAUAAAUUACGACACCAAGUAAAUCACCAAUUUGUAUAUAUGUCGUUUCAAUAUUAUACGAAUAACCUAGACUUUUUUUAGGCUAUCGUAAAUUAUUAAUAAUUAAUGAAUGAACAUUAUUUCAUAUUCAUAUGAUUGAAAUAUUUUUUUUAUUUUUCAAAUUUUAUUAAAUUAUUCAAUAAAACAUUAUCUAAUAUACAUAACAAUACAAUAGAUUUACAAUUAUUUAAAAAGACAUACUCAGGAAGUUAACAAGUUUUCAAUACUUGUUAAGUAAAUACAGUUAAAUUAAGUUAAAACUCGUAUAUUUUUAUGAACUUUAUCAAAAUAAAAAUGAAUUCAAAAAAAUAAAUAAAUUUAGAUAAUAUUAACUUAGUUAUAAAUUAAAGUUCACUUUUUGUUGGCAACCAAAAUACAUUACGGCAGGCUACUACAUGGCGGGCUAAUGGCAGGAAAGUAAAAGAAAAAACAUAAAAAUUGUAUUACAGCUUGUUACACUUUAUAGAAUUUUAUGAAAAUUUGAUUUUCACUGAAAUAUUAUUUAACUUUAAACACACAAAGUUAUCAUGAAGUUACUAAAUAAGAACAUGUUAACUAAAUAUGCAUGUAUCUUAAAAACAUUGUUUAAAAUUGUUUAAUUGUUGGAAAUUUAAUGUUUCUAUUUAUUUAAAAUAAGAACAACAGGAAAUCCAUAUUAAUAUAGUAUUAAUUAUUUAAUGAUCAAUUAAGGAUAAAUUGCAUAUUUCAGAUUGUUUUUUAAGAUCUAGAAACAAAUAUGACAAUGAAGCAUCAGCCAUGAUGAAAGCUCAAUUUAUGAUGCUUUGGGAUGGCUUAACAACUGAUCCAAAAAAUAUUGUUAUUAUAAUGGGUGCUACAAAUAGACCUAGUGAUUUAGAUCCAGCUAUAUUAAGGCGUAUGCCAGCUACUUUCAAAAUAUCCUUGCCGGUAAAUAUGUAUUCAUCACAAUAAUAUUAAUGAAGUUUUAUUGUACGUUUGUUGACUAUUUUACAUAAGUUUUUUAAAUAUGAAUUAUUGAAACCAAAUGAAUGAUAAGUAAAUAAAUAUUUUUUUUCCAAAUUAAGAGUGCUUAUAAAAUGAAAUAUAAUAUAAAUCUAAAAUAUCUAAAAUUGAUUUAAUAUUGCAAUAAUUAUUAUGACACAAGGAAUAUAUCGAGUAGAUAUAUGAUAUCCUUAAUUGUAUUUCGAUAUGAUCAACUGGCGGGAAAUUAUAAUUUUUUAUUUUGAUUUGUGUUUAACGUUUUGGUUACUUAUAGAAUUAAUUUUACAUCUAUUAUUAGAAUAAACAUAUUCACACAAAAUAUUUCAAGUCCUUUUCGACCUAUUGUAACGUGUAAUUUCAUUUCCAACUGAUCCAAAAAAAUCCUCAGGGACAUGAUAAGGUAAAUUUUUUUAAGUAUCGAGUUGUAUGUAAUAAUAUACAAUAGUGCGAAAACACCAAGGAGGGAGGGCGAUCCUACAAUCCCUCCCCCAAUAUCGGUAAUUGUUUUGACCCCAUCUAUCUCGCAGUUUAGUAAUGUAAUAGGACUAAAUUGUUUAGGAAUGACUAAUAAAAGGCAGUAUUCUAAAUGUUCUACCUAUAAUUGGAAUAGUUUGUAUACGACUAUACCAGUAUCUAAAACUCAUAAUUUUCAGACUCACUAACUAACCGCUGACUCACUGAUAGAUUAUCAUAAAUCUAGAACUCUUCAAAUUGACCUAGAGAUCUUUCUUAUUAUAAAAAAAUAAUAAUGUAAAUAUUUUGUCGGUAUGUAGUAAUGUCGUAGAACCAUAUUUACUUGUAUACUUUUUUAGGAGCAACAACAAAGGAAAGAAAUUCUGACGUUAAUUUUAAAUACCGAAAAAUAUGCUAAAGAUGUUGAUUUCGACAAAUUAGCUGCACUCACUAAUCAUUUUUCUGGCUCUGAUCUUAAAGAAUUGUGCCGUGAUGCGUCAUUAUCUCGAUUUAGAGAUUUAAUCAAAGAAGAAGAACUUCAAAAGAAGUAAUUUAAAAUACCAUAACCAAUUGUUUUAUACCUGCUCAUACUAAAGAUUUUUUAAAAAGAAAUUUUUUAACAGGUAUUCAGAGUCCCAUUUAUCUGAUUCUGUAAAUUUAAAUAGAUUGAGACCUAUUAAUAUGAAUGAUUUGAUUGCGUCUGUUGAGAAGACAAAAGCAUCGAAGAAGUUCACUGACACUUAUAUUAGAUUGGGUGUUUGUGCGCCUUGUGCCGAUAGUAACAAUAAAAUUAGCUCAUGA